UGUUUUCUUAUUUUAUACAGCUUGAGCUUAACUUAUAUACAGUCUGUAUCAAGCUAUUCUGUACAUACUGUAGAUGAAAAUAUUACAGAGGAGAAUGGGAUAUGUCAGAAUGGAUAUUGUGGGUCAACCAACUAUAGCUACCUUCUUGUAAUGUUCAAGGGACUCUUUCAUUCAACUAAGAAUUUAUCAAUGUUAGACAACCUUAGUAACAACGCUUUAGCUACUCCAGUAUCUAAAGACGAACCCCGGUUAUCGCCAGCACUUGAACCAAUGCGAUUGCAGUAUGCUGACGACGGAGCUAUAUGUUGCUCAACGCAUGUACAGCAUAUAAUCAACACAACAAUGACUAACAUAUUUGGGGAGAGUAUGAAUAUAAUACACCUGUCCGAUGCUUCCGAACCCACCUACCAGUAUAUUCCACAUGCUUCCUGUGUGCAGACUGGAAGCUGUCCAGGCGAAUGUCUUAUUGAGAGUAAAAUUCUGACUUUGCUGGCUUUAGACGCAAAUCAAAACUUGACAUUUGGAUUGUUUGAGGUCCCAGGGUAUUGCUCCUGCAAGAAUACUGGCUCGUCCGUCAACGAAAGUACAAGGCGGUGAAUAAGACAAAUUGCCUGUCGUCAAGGGUCCUUGCAAAAGAAAAUGGAUUUCAUAUAUUGUGUUGUCAUUACGUCAUAGAAAGUUUGGAACUAUUUACAAGGGUGAAUGUAUUGGUUUUAGAUAGAAAGUGUUUAAAUUUGAUUGAAUUUAUUACUGAAACGCUGGACUUGUCAGACAUGAUGAGAUAAUGUUAAGUUCAAUAUCAGAAGAGUUUUAUAUCAAUCGUUACCGCUUCAGAUCUAUGGUCAUUUUUGUCGGAAAAAAAAAAGAAAUGUCAGCUGAAUUUUUGGGCAUCAUGAACUUCAGAAAACCUACUAAUGUAAGAAGAACAUUUUAUGUGCAGAUUAGUAGUUAAAUCAUUAAACAUUCAUAUUCGUUUUACAUAGCAUUGAUAAAAUGCUUUUUAUACUUCAGAAUUUAAAGUAAAUGGCUCCUGACGGAGAAAACACAAUCACUUAUUUCAAGUUAGAGUGUCAGAAUCCCUAUUGGAAAAAGUUUAAGUAUAUUAUCAUAAAUGUUUCGGAAGUA